UCAGCACCGUUUCACCGGACGAUGACGUCACCUGUCAAACGCCUGUUAGCCGGCUAACGCUAACUCCCACGUUUAAAGUUGGGUCAACGCUAUCGUUCCUCAGUACCGCUUGUUAGUCUUGUACAUAAUGGAGCUGGUGUGGGAGGACCUUCCUGCCCCUGAGACUCCUUUCUUCACCAAAGAUCUCUAUGACAAAUAUUCACUUGCACCUAAUAUCCGGCAACUAUGGGAGUUUCUCCAAAGAAGUCCAGAAGAAAACAACAAACAGGACGGUGGGACUGCAGACGCCACCUGCUCCCCUUCCACUAAAAAAGCCGCAGAGUUUAAAGACGACAGCUGCGUCAGAAAGGAUGAGUCCUGUUGGUUCAGCUGUGAUAGUGAUGAUCCGGAUGCAGACGAUGCUGCUGGAGGUACAGAGGAAUGUAAGGAUACUAAAAAAUCAAGAGUCAAGCAGGUUAAGAAUGAGACGGUUGCUGCUUAUCCUGAACCCAGACUGCCACACCCGUGUACGUCCACUCUGUCCAGCGCAGAACAGAAGACGUAUCUCGGAUUUUUGAUGAGUAAGAAGAUUAGAGCUCCUCCACAGAACUUGAUGGCACGAGUAAACAAUGAAGUGAUGCAGUUUAUGAGGUACCUGCAAGAUGUGGCCAGAAUGUGUGCAAAUGACUACAACUUCAUAUCACAGGGAGCUAUGCAGUACUCAGAGGAAUUCUUCAGGGAGUGUUUGGAGCACAUUAAGACAUUUCCAGAGCUCUAUCAGAUCUUCGAGAUGACUAGUUUGACCGGCGGAACAUUUGAACCCGGACUGACGUUGACCUUUGAGAAACAGCUGCUCGUCAUGGGCAAUGUGGAUAUUACAGACCACAAGAUGAUGCCUGCUGAUGCACAGCUUGCAUCGGAUUAUCAGAGUGUUUCAUCAGAGAAUCCUCCAGCUAAAAAAGCCAAGGACAUGCACGCUAAAAUCAGUAGUGAUAGUAAUGCCAAGAGUCUGUCGGCCCGUUAUGAACCUGAAGUGUGUCUGACUCGAGAUGCCCUCGCCAGGCUGCUAGACAAUCAUGGCCCUGACUUUGGAGAUCAAUGGGAGCUGCCUGUGUGCGUUCAAUUAAACGCAGGAAAAGGCAGUAGUCAGAAGAAGACUGUGUACAUCGACUCACCCCUUCUGCAGACUGAAAUGACCAUAAGAGAGCGGUCACGUAUCUACCACGAGGAGAGUUUGAAGCUUUCCAUCAAGAAGGACGGAAGUAAACAUGUGUUUCAUUUAAUGACUGAGCUUCCAGAGGAUCACCUGCAACUAUCGUCGGGGAGCUCACAAAGAUGCUUGCCUUCCGAAACCAACGGGCUGGACUUUGAGGUGGACCUCACUGACCUGGAAACAUUUGGAGAGGCGACCCCCAUUAAAACCCCCAACAGGCUAAAAGCAAGUGUUGGAAGUUUAAAUGCACUAAGUUCCCCGCCUUUAGCUAAGACAAAAAUAUCCAGUGAGCAUCUUGAAAACAACACCAGCAGCAGUUCACAAGAAGAGAGGAACAGCUCAUUGACACAUGUGAAGGGUCCCGCUACAGAGGAGUCAACUCGGCCAGUUGCAAAUGAGGCCGUUUCCCCAAAAACUCCCCAAAGUGACGACGACCUGCCUUUAAUGGGAGACUCCGAUGAUGAGAAGCUGGUCAUUGACGACUCAGUGUCUCCAGCUAACCCCACUUCCCGCUCUGCCGAACCUCCGGCAAUCCCUGUGUCCCAGUCUGUACCUGUAAAUCCAGAGUCCUCGUCUCCUCAAAAAGGUACGAGGCAGAGGCGGCAGUCUAAAAGAGCAAAGCUAUCUGGUGACCAGCUGGGUGAGAUCCUGCGCAUGCAGACGGCCAUGUUCAAAUCUCCCUCCAGGACUCAGGAAUCCAAUUCACCCUCCCAAAGUGUUGGGCCCUCAGUUCACUCUCAUCCAAUUUCUCUGGUGAAGCCUUGUGUGUCCUUGUAUCUGGAGAGAAAUCAGGAUGGGGAGGCCUGCACAACUCCUCACCUAUCUGCACCGGGGGGCAACAUUACUACUAAGAAAAUUCUUUCACAAGACUUGCAGGCUGGUGCUGAAGAUGAGCAAGAUUACAAGGCUCCAGAGAAAGGAAACCUGCUCUAUAAGCUUUACAGUCUGCAGGAUUUGCUCAUAAUGGUGCGCAGCUCUGUCUUAUUGACCCAUAGCAGGAAAGUCGGCCAAAACGGCCAAAACCAGUUUGUGCCAGUGCAUGUCCUACCCAAGCUGGAGUACCAGUUGAAUUACGGUGUCGAGUGUCUGAGCAGCAGUGAGGCUUGCCAGCUGUGGACUGAGACAUUGCUCCACUCCAGCACUGUAUCCUACAUAGCUCACAUCAAUGCGCACACUUCAAAAGUAGCUUUGCUGAGGAAGCUGCCUGACGACUGGAAACAGAACGUCUCCUGUGGCUUCAAGCCAUCCAAGUCCUUGAAUAUACUGCACCAUCUACUGAAAAAGCUCACUGGGUUAGAGGAAGGACAGUACCUGAUUGCACACAAGGCGGGAGAACCAUUCGUGACCUUAUUAAAGGCGGCUAAUGGGAAAGCGAGUCGGGGGGCGUACAACCUGCAGACGCUCCACAGCUCAGUCCCCCGUCCCCCGGCACCCGGCCUCGUGCCCUGGAUACCUGUCGAUCCAGCUGUGGUCCUGUCCUUCCACAAGAAGAACGGGCGUGUCCCCUGCACUUUCCCACCAAAGCUCCUUGUACAGGCAGCAAAAGAGGGCUCAUUCCAGUCCGACAACCAUGGAGCUGGGCCAUCAAAGAACAAAUCCAAAGCAGAAGGCAACAAGAAGAAAAAACAAAAAAACAAAAAAAAUCGUGCAGCCAGGCGGAACGAGUAUAUUAAAAAGUUAGUUAAGGAUUCCAUUUAAUGGGAGUCUGAUGAGGAGUUGGAGCUGCGCCGCAAAUAAAAAAGGAAAAGAAAACAAGACCACUUAUUACAAUAAGUCAAUAAUUUCAUACUGGAAAUACCUUAUGACCCUCAACAUAUCUGUGAAUGCUGAAGCACUUUGAGAGUAUAACAAAUAUACUUUUUUUAUAUUUUGUUAAUAGUUGUGUUUGUUUAAAACAAUAAAGGUAAAAUAAAAGUAUCCAUAUCGAGUGAA